AAGCCUACAGAAUGCACACAUAUAGGACUUUAAACUCUCCAUACAAACAAACACCUUCCUGUUUAAACAGUGACCAAAGUAAAUGCAUAACCAAAGUCCACUUCUUUUGGGUGAAGAGAGCACGUGUUAACAUGUCUCAUCCAGUCGGCAUAGAGCUGUGUCCCCCUCCCUCACGUCUAGAAGCAGAGUAUGAGGCACUUUUCACCACUGAAUCGCUCCACUUUCUCUAUGAGCUGAUCUCCACAUUUGAUGAUCAGGUGGAUGAGGUCCUGCGGUUACGAGUGUCCAGAAAGGCCAACCUGGACCUUUCAGGUGAUCUGCCAAGCUUUCUGGAGAGCACCGCUCAUAUCAGGGGAGACCCCUCCUGGAGGGUGCUGCCUGUCCCCCCGAGGCUCCAGAGAAGACAUGUGGAUAUUGGGGAUCUGGCUCCCUGCGACACCCAGCGCUUCAUCAAAGCUCUCCUGUCACCAGCACAGGGCAUACAAGUUGACUUUGACGACGGGAACUGCCCCACAUUUCACAACCAGAUUAAAGGCAUUCAUAAUGUUUUGAAGGCAGUUCAUAACCAGUUCCCAAAUGUUCCACAUGUAUCUCAGGCUCCGGUGCUGAUGCUUCGUCCCCGUGCCUGGAACAUGGUUGAGCACAACAUGAUGGUGGACGGGAAGGAGGUUCCUGGUCCCCUCUUUGACUUUGGACUCCUCAUGUUUCACUGUGGGAGGACACUGUUUGAAAACCAGAGUGGGCCCUUUUUCUACCUCUCAAAAGUGGAGAGCAUCAUGGAGGCCAGAUUAUGGAACAAGUUAUUUGUCUGGACACAACAGAAGCUGGGCCUGCCACUGGGCUGCAUCAAGGCGACGGUGCUAAUUGAAAAUGUGUUAGCAGCUUUUGAGAUGGAGGAGAUUCUGUACGAGCUGCGAGACCAUUCAGCGGGACUCAACUGUGGCAUCUGGGAUUAUUCAGCCUCCUUUGUCAACAAGUUUGGACACAGACGAGCCUUUCUGCUGCCCGAUCGCAGUAAAUAUGUCAACAUGCAGAAGCGUUUUCUGCGCAGUUACAUGGACCUGUUGGUUCAGACAUGUCAUCGGAGGGGAGCGCUGGCCACAGGAGGCAUGGCUGCCCUGCUGCUCCCCCAGAACCCGCUCAGUGAGUCCCACAGGAGAGUGCUGGAUUCUGUCACCAGACUGAAGUUGCUGGAGAUAAAGGCAGGUGUGGAUGGUUUCAUGGUGUAUGACCUGGGGUUGAUUGAGCCCAUGCAAAAACUCUUCAAGCUCCACACUGAAGGCGAUAACCAGCUUCACCAGCUUCGAAAUGAUGUCACUGUGACUCCUGAUGACCUCCUGGCCAUGCCUUCGGGAGCAGUAACGCUUUAUGGUUUGAAGUAUAACAUAGCAGUUGGUGUCCUGUUUAUUAAUGCUUGGCUGUCAGGUUCUGGCCACUUUUUCUACAGAGGCCAGGUCGAAGAUUCAGCCACAGCAGAGAUUUCCAGGUCUCAGGUGUGGCAGUGGAUCCGUCAUCAGGCUCACCUGGAGGACGACCAAAGGGUGGUGAGCAGACGGCUGGUGGCGGACCUCACCAACGAGGUCAUGAUGGAGCUCAGUGCUCUUUGUAUCUCUGUUAGGGCUAAACAGAGGUUACACACAGCAGCAGACAUGUUCCUCGAGGUGGUCCUGAAGAGAGAUUUUCCAGAGUUCAUCACCACCUACCUGAAUCAGGACCACACCUUUCUCAGCUCCCAGAUGUCUGGACAGGUGGUAGCAGUGGACACAGAUACGCACCAAUCUAAACUGUGAAGGUCUAACUGGACAUCUGCUCAUUGCUCUGAAGGCUGUGUCUACAUCCAUCAAGACAAUACAAAGAUAAUCUUUCUGUAAUUCACAUUCAAGGUUUAAAAUAAACUGCAGAUGUGAUAUUUUAAUAAAGUAUAGAAGCAUAGACUUA